AUGUCGUCGAUUCCAGUGGACGACAAGGACUCGACCAAGGCCAGUCUCAAAGCAUGGUGGUCCGCGUUCACAAAGGUCAAGAUGCUCAACAAGGAUCGCAAAGAUGAGAAAGUUGUCUUUGGGUCGCCCCUGCGCAGGUCGCUCAAGUAUGCGAGCGUGGCUAUCUCGAUGGCGGGCGAGGAUGGGCAGCAGUACAUCUGGGGAUAUGUGCCCGUCAUUGUCGCCAAAGUCGGGCUCUUUCUGAAGGAGAAUGCCACUGAGGUCGAGGGCGUUUUUCGAAUCGCAGGCUCGCAGAAGCGGAUGAGAGAGCUCCAGGAGAUCUUUGAUACGCCCCCCAGGUACGGCAAGGGCGUUGAGUGGGACAAGUACAGCGUACACGACGCCGCCAGUGUGCUUCGACGCUACCUUAACCAAAUGCCAGAACCCAUCGUGCCCCUGCAGCUCUACAGCGAAUUCAGGAAUGUCAUGAUCAAGAAGCCCCUCGAUGUCGAGGCAGCCACCAAGACGUAUCGCCUUUUGAUCACGUCUAUGCCGCCCGCAAACCAAUAUCUACUCCUCUACGUCCUGGAUCUCUUGGCCGUCUUCGCUCGCAAGAGUGAUGUCAAUCGUAUGCCCGCCAGCAACCUGGCCGUCAUCUUCCAACCGGGCAUUUUCUCACACCCGUCGCACCUCCAAGAUCCCAUGGAGCACAAGAUUGCAGUCGAGGUGCUCGAAUUCCUCAUUGUGCACCAGGAUCACUUUGUGCUGGGAAUCUCAGCGCCUCCCCCGACAAAUGUCGACCCCUCGGAGCUGACGAGUGUCUCGCAGCCCACCAGCAUCGAGCCCGAUGUCGCCGAGCUGAGCGAGAGCGAUGAGGAGCUGGGCGAUCUCGUGGCGCACGAAGGUGGAGGUGCAAAGAUUGCCAGGAGCUCCGCCACGUCGACGCCGAACAAGAAAAAGGAGGGCGGAUUGUUUGCGAGGAGGAGCAACAACACGCAGCAGCAGCAGAGCGCAUCUUGCGAAGGUCCAAUGUCGUCGGCGGGGACGGGAGAGGCAGCGGACAAGGGCAAAGUCCAGGAGCUGGGCUUAGGCGAGCCUUCAUCCUUAUUUGGAGGAAAGGCGGGCGUGAGGCGAAGCAGAACGACGCCGAGCCGAAAGGGUGCCGCUGGAUCAAAGGCGGCCGAUGAUGGAAAGCGAUCAGCGUCAGGUCCCAGUGCGAACAAGCGAGGAGGGAAAAAUGGUCACGCGUCCAAGAACGAGGCAGAACCAAUGAUCAGGAGUGUCAGUCAAGGGAACGAGCCAAAGAAGAAUGAUGUGGUGGUAUUACAAGAAACCGCAAAGACAGAUGGUCCAGAGAAAUCAAGCGAGACGCAAGGGCAAGGGCAAGGGCAAGGGCAAGAUGCGUUACCGACUCCACCUUCGUCGAAGCUCGUUGACUCUGCUGUUUCUGUGGAAGAGGCGGCUGCGUAA